AUGAAGUCUAUCUAUUUUGGAUUUAUAUUGUAUGUAUGCGUAUUGGUAGUUGAAGCUGGAAGUUAUCAUCGUCGUCGUUACAUUGAUCCUAAACUAUGGCUUGAAAAAAGAGGAACAGAAGAAAACUGCAGUAUAGCAUGCACUGGUGAACUUGCUAAUUGUGCUGAAAGAUGUAGACGAUCAGGUGUCAACAGAGAUCUUCGUACUGUCUGUCAAGACGGUGUGUGUUAUUGCGGAUUUGAGACUAGCAUUUAA